AUGCCGCUAGAAUCCGGCCCUGACGCCCGCCAGUCGGUCGAAUACCGCCCAUCUCAUGAAUAUGACGGCGAGCCCAUCACCAGGCGUGUCUCCGCUCUCGAAGAGGCCGCGAGUCUCGCUGCGCCAGCCGGUCUCCCAGGCUUCGUAGGCGGCACCCGGCGCCGCAGCAAUGUCUCCCACACUUCACGGGUUACCUUCCACGAGGAGAUGCCCCUGGAAGACCUUGCCUCAUUGACAAGAAGCGCUUCUGCCAUCAGCGGCCACCAUGAAGCUCGCCGCGAGUCGCAAGAUGACGUUCCCCAUCUACCAUACAUCGCCAGGCCAAAAGCCGCGAUGCCUGGCGCCUACAAUACCAUCCGUGAAGUUCCGUCAGAGCUGACCACGCCGCUGUCCACGCGCCCGCCGUCGCCCGCCUCUGCCUUCCCGAGCCGCCCGCCCUCGCCACAAUCUGGCCUGCGGACCCCCGAAGAAUUUGCGAUAGAGGAACAGGAACACGUGGCUCAGAGAUACCCGGACGUCGGCGUUAUCAAGUCAUGGCGUGGAGCAAUGAUCCUCUUGGUGACGUGCGGUGCGCAAUUGAUGGACAACAUUUUCAUGACCAGCGUCAACAUCUCUUUGCCAGCCAUACAGAAAGAAUUCGACGUCAGCAGCGCGGAUUUGCAGUGGCUGAUCUCGGCAUACACCCUGACCUUCGGAGGGUUCCUUCUUCUCGCAGGCGUGCUGUCCGACAGAUACGGAAGAAAAAAUAUAUUUUGCAUGGGCAUGUUGACGCUGAGCGUAUGGACCAUAGCCGACGGAUUCGCCGGCUCUUUCAUCCAGCUCGCCAUCUUCCGCGCUCUGCAGGGCAUCGGCGCCGCCAUGACGGUUCCGUCCGCCGUCGGCAUCAUCAGCAACUUCUUUAUCUCGAGAGAUCGAACUCUGGCCCUGACCAUAUUCGGAGCGGCGGGCGCCGUAGGGUUCUGUCUGGGCCUUAUCUUCGGCGGCUUUUUGACCGGCUCGCUGGGCUGGCGCUACGUUUUCUACUUUUCAACUAUUGUAACUGGUGUCCUUGGAAUAAUCGGCUGGAUAACCCUCCCCAGGGACAGGGUAGACAAGACGAACAGGCCCAAGCUGGACUUUAUUGGUGCAGGUCUUUCCACCGGUGGUCUGAUCUUGCUCAGCUUUGUGCUGUCCAGUGGUGGCGUCUACGGAUGGGGCAAAGCCUUCAUCAUUGUACUGCUCAUUCUCUCCAUCGCGAUGCUCGGAGUCUUCACCCUGGUGGAGAAGAAAGUGUCGAACCCGAUCAUGCCGCUCCAGAUGUGGAAGUUCCAGAACUUUGCCGGACUCUGGAUUUCUGGUUUCGUCAUGUACGGCGGCUACCAAACCGUCAUUUACUAUAGCACGCUCAUCGCCCAAGAUAUUGACAAGCUCAGCGCCGGCCAAACAGCCCUCCGCUUCCUUCCCAUGGGUGCUACUGGCUUCAUAAUCUCCCUCGCCAUGUCCCGCAUGAUCGAGCGCGUUAACACCAAAACUCUACUACUGACCGGCAUGGUGCUCUGCACUAUCGCGCCCGUGCCCGCCGCGCUCACCAAGACUGGCGACCUUAACUUCUGGAAGCACAUCUUCCCCACGACCGUCAUCGGCGUCGCAGGUACCACCAUUGUCUACUGCACCAUCACCGUUGUCAUGUUGGCCUCUGUCCCCGUAUCGGUUAAGAGCCUCUGCGGCGGCAUGAUCAACACUGCCUUCCAGAUUGGCAGCGGCGUCGGCCUCGCGCUCGCUAGCGCCAUCGUGCAGGCUGUCGACACAAAUAAGGGCCAUGGCUUGCUUGAGCAGUAUGGCACGGGACUGUGGUGCUGCUGUGGGCUGGCUGGCAUUGGGGUGCUGGCGAGCGCCGUGGGCGUGCGGAAUGUUAAACCCUCUCCUGGAGGGGACAUAAUGCUGCAUUGA